AUGAAGAUAAAGACCAUUAGCAGGAAUGCAGACGAAUAUGUCCCUGUAAAGAGCACACAGGAAUCACAGCUUCCUAGGAACCUGGACCCUGCUCUCCAUCCCUUUGAGAGGGCUCGGGAGUAUACAAAGGCAUUGACGGCGACCAAACUGGAGCGGAUGUUUGCCAAGCCGUUUGUUGGCCAACUAGGAUACGGCCACAGGGACGGAUGCUAUGUUCUAGCGAAAAACUAUAAUGUACUCAAUAAGCUUGCCAGUGGCUCGGCGGACGGUGUAGUGAAGUAUUGGAAUAUGGCGACAAGGGAAGAACUCUGCUCGUUCCGGGCCCAUUAUGGCCUAGUGACCGGACUGUGCGUCACGCCUACUCACUUGAGCCCUACCAAGAAGGACAGCUUCAUGCUGUCAUGUGGUGAUGAUAAGACUAUAAAGCUGUGGUCGGUAAAUAGCGACGACUUUAACAGUAUAAAGGACGAUACUAAGAUAGUCAGUGACACAGGCGAUGGGGCGCUGCUGAAAACGUUCUACGGCGAACACGCAUUUCAGUCCAUAGACCACCACCGUAGAAAUCCAAAUUUUGUUACCGGUGGUGCUCAGAUUCAGUUAUGGGAUGUAAAUCGCAAGAAACCAUUGUCGAACCUUUCUUGGGGCGUGGACAAUGUUAGUUUUGUGCGGUUUAAUCAAAACGAGGAGGACAUACUUGCAAGCACUGGCAGCGACAACUCCAUUGUGCUUUAUGAUCUGCGAACCAACUCACCAACACAGAAAGUGGUGCAGAGAAUGCGCACCAACGCCUUGUGCUGGAACCCAAUGGAACCGUUUAACUUUGCAAUUGCCAAUGAAGACCACAAUGCUUAUUACUACGACAUGCGCAAUAUGUCUCGUGCGCUCCAUGUCUUUAAGGAUCACGUCAGUGCUGUAAUGGAUGUUGACUUUUCUCCUACAGGUGAAGAGAUUGUUACAGGCUCUUACGAUAAGACAAUCAGAAUUUUCAAUUUAAAGCAUGGCCAUUCAAGAGAAGUCUAUCAUACCAAGAGGAUGCAGCAUGUAUUUCAAGUCAAGUUCACUAUGGACAGUAAGUACAUCGUCAGCGGCUCUGAUGAUGGCAAUGUAAGACUUUGGAGAGCAAAGGCAUGGGAAAGAUCUCAUGUGAAGACCACAAAGGAAAAGAAUAAGUUGGAAUACGACGAAAAACUAAAGGAGAGAUUCAAGCACAUGCCUGAAAUCAGAAGAAUCAGCAAGCACAGACAUGUACCAAAGGUCAUUAAAAAGGCUCAAGAAAUCAAGAACAUUGAGAUUGCUUCUUUGAAACGCAGGGAAGGAAAUGAGAGACGUACGAGAAAAGACAUGCCCUUCGUUUCUGAACGGAAGAAGCAGAUCGUUGGUAGCGUUCAUUCAUACGAAGAAAAGUCAAGCAAAGCGGACAAGGAAGAUGAUGACCAGUAA